AUGGAAACAGAAUGUAAGGACAGUAAGAAAGUUGAAGAUGCCUCGGAUAAAGCAGCAGACGUAGCAUUUGGACUUGUUCCCACUGGUAAAAGUAAAGGACGAGCUGUGGCCAAACUUAUGACGGAAGAAGUCAGAGACCAGGAAUAUGCUUAUACUGAAGCACAAGAACUUUUGAACCAGUGGAUUAAUGAGAAAGUGAUGUUUGAUGUUGACGAUGGUUUUGAUGACCUGGAAGCCUGGCGUAGAGCUAGGAAAAAUAAAGAUGACAUCAUCAAUAAACAAAAGGAGGCAAAGGAUGACGACUAUGAUGAUUAUUCAGUGGAGAGGUUGACCAGGCUGGCACUUGAAGAUGACUUCAUGAUAGAUGAGGCAGCUAUUUAUGAGAGGGUCAAAAGAAAUGCUCUUGGAGACUCAGAUCCAUACGCCAACUUGUACGAGAUGGAGGACGAUGAGGCUGUACAUACAGUGUUAAAAAAUAUGAUGUCUAAAGAAAUGGUUAAAGAUACAUUCAAGAGAGAUCUUGGCCUAGAGAACACGUCCAAACCUGACCCAAGAACAAAGAUGGAACUCCGGCACAAGAUGGUGAAGGACAACAGAGAGAGGCGCCACAAGGAGGAGGAGAAGAAAAAGACGGAGGCACAGCUGAAGAAGGAGGCAAGGCUGCAAGCUCAGCAGCUUAUACUCAAGGAACAAAAAGAUAGAGAGCUGAGGUCAAGAAGAGAAGAAAUGGAAUUAAAAAAAGAAAUGGCCAGAAUACGUAAAGAGAUGCACGAAGAGAGAAAGAAAAAGGAGGAGGAAAUUAAAAGGCGAAGGGAAGAAGAGGAAUUGAUGAAUAAAUUAGCCAGGGAGGAACUAGAGAGACAGAGAGCAGAGGAGGACAAGGAGAAGAUUCUCUCCCUGAGGCAAGAGAACGAGAGAAAACACAAGCUGAUGAUGAGGAAGGAAGCCAUUAAAUCAAGGAUAACCUCCAAAAACCUACAGUGCCUUCACCGCCAUUUCACUGCCUGGUAUGACCUAGUUUUGUCCAGACGUCUGCUGAUGGGUAAGAUCAAAGCCAUGUCCGACUGGAAGCUGAUGCUAAAGGUGUGGGGGGCCUGGAGGAAUCAUGUCAAAGGUCGUCGGCUGGACAUUGAGACAGAGAGGCAUGAGAGGAAUUUGAUCGACUCACAAAGGAAAGAGCUGACCGCUGAGAGACACUGGACAAUGUCCUCCUUGAGGAAAUGCUUCACAGCCUGGCAGAUUUUCACCCAGGAAUCCAUUGAGAGGAGAGACCUGGAGAGGGACAAGGAAAAAACAAAAAGUAAGAUGAUGGCGUUGUUGAACGCAGUUGCUGAGGGCAAGUUUGUGAAGGAGGAGGAAGGUGGGCAGGAGUCGAGCAGGACCAGACAGAAUUCUGCUAGAUCACAGUCUUCACACCCGGGCAACAACAAAAAAGAAAAUACCUCCCAAGCCCCAGCAAGGAAACAGGCAUGGGGGGAAGAUCAGAGCUUACACUCAUCACGCAGUGAGGCAACAGUUAGCCAAACCAGCUCAGCUGCUAAAAGUGACCGGAGGUACUCAGCCUCCCAGUCUAGCAUCAGGUCAGUGCCCGUGGAACCCUGGCAAGUAAACAGACAACAUUUGAAGAUGCUGAGAAAAGAAAGUUCUAAAACUGACGUUCAGGACAUUGAAGUGGAGAGCCUUGAUGGAGAGCAGAGAACACACACUGAUGCAGAGAUUAGGAAAAGAUUUGGUACUCAGCCAUGGAUGAACCGCCAUUAUGUAGUCAAUAACCUUGAGCACCGCUACACCGCCCAGCAGCAGGCAUUGAAGGAGCAGCAGAACCAAAUUAGGGAGCAACAGCGAAUGAUAGAACAGCUGCAGUAUGAGCAGAGGCAGCAAGCAUUGAAGCAACAGCUGUUGAAUGGAUCAAUUGCAACCCCUCUUCCGCCUAUGAAAGAAAUUGAAGUGCCUCCUGCAGGAAAACAAAUACCAAGGGGAGAUCAUGCUGAUGAAAACAAAAACAACAUUGACAUAAUCUCACAUAGUGCCAAAAAUAAAACUGUUGUAAACACUGAAAACAAAGAAGAAAAAGUUCAAACCACUAUUGAUACAGACAGGAGCUGUCUAACAACCUCAAGAUCAGAAACAACUACAGCAUCCAACACAACAAAAACUUCUUCAGUCAAUCCACACAAUACCAAAUACCUUCAAGUGCUUAAAAAUAUGGAGGAGAGAGCAGCAGAGAGAGCCAGGAUUAAAGCAGAGAGGGAGGAAAAGAGAAGGAAACAGGAAGAGGAGAAGCUGGCACAAAUGGAAAAAGAGCAAGCAGAGAAACAGAAAGAAAUUGAAGCAGAGAAGCAAGCAAAAGCUGCAGCGUACAGGCAGAAAAAACUUCUAGAGAAACAGAAAGAGGAAGAGAAGCAGAAACAGAUGGCCCACAUUGAGAAACUGAACAAGAUGGCUGAUGAUCACUAUGUCAGAUCUAUCCUCAAGUACAGAGGGUUACUUCCCUUUAAGAAACUGGUCUCCAUGUCAAAGAGAAACUGGGUCAAGGCCAUUAAACACCAGGAGAAAGUUUUACUGAGGCAAGUCUUGCAUGCCUGGAGAAGGGUCACUGAUGAAGAACUGGACAAGAAGAACAGACUGGCCGACCAGAUGCACCAGUUCCUGGUCAUCAAACACAGUUUUCACAGCUGGAGAAAUUACAAGUACCAUGCACAGUUCUUGGAGAUAAAAGCUGAACGCCACUACCUGGAUAAUCUCAAAUCCAAAUUUUUUCAAGCGUGGACGGAGUGGGUGGUGGCUGAGAGGGAGAACUCAUUGAAUCAAAUGGAGCUCGCCCAUGAGCACUAUUUACAGUACCUGGUGAAGAAAUCUUUCAAUGGCUGGAGGUACCUGAAAGAGAGACAGAAGAAAGAAGAGGAGAGAAAGAAAAGAAAGCUGGAGCUAAGGAAGAAAGUGGCCGAGCUUAUCCCUGACUACACACCUGACAAAUCUGUUUCUGUGAAAGGUUCGGAAGAUUUUCCCUGACUACACACCUGACAAAUCUGUCUCUGUGAAAGGUUCGGAAGAUUUUCCCUGACUCUACACCUGACAAGUCUGUCUCUGUGAAAUCUUUGGAAGAUUUUCCCUGACUACACACCUGAUAAGUCUGUCUCUGUGAA